AUGAGUACUGAAAAUGAAUUCAAAGUAACAUCUGAAAUAUUGCCUUUUUUUGAAAUCGAUAAAUUACAAAAGCCUAUCAUAGACGAAAAAAAUGUUAUUUCUAAAUUCACUUUUACCUGUCCUACUGAUAUUGAAGUCAAAACUCCUGAAAAAGAUUUAGACGGAGAUUAUAUUCUAGACAGGGGAAAUUCUAAAAAUUUAAUUGAAAAAGUCAUAUAUUUAGAACACAGUGUUUCAACUGAAAUUAAACUGGUAGGUCUCCAAAUAUGGAGAGCUGCUUUACUUUUAUCUGAUUUUAUCAUAUAUUCUCAAAAAUUAUUCGAAGGAAAAACCGUUUUGGAAUUAGGAUCAGGAGUUGGUUUAACCAGUAUUGUAGCUGGAAUGUUUGCUAAAGAAAUUAUUAGCACAGAUUUGGAUACUGGAAAUAUUUUAAAACUUCUCGAAUCAAACUUGAAAAGAAACAGUGAAAUUAUUAAGGGAAAAGCAACUGUUGAAAAAUUAGAUUUUUUAAAUUCUGACAACUGGUCCCCUAGUUUUUGUGAUAAAGUUAAACACACUGAUAUCAUUAUCGCUGCUGAUGUAAUAUAUGAUAAUACUAUUACAGAAGCCUUUAUUAAAACAAUAACUAAAAUCCUUAGCAGUUCACCAAAGAAAACAUUGUUUAUCGGUUUAGAAAAAAGAUACGUUUUUACAAUAUCCGAUUUGGAUUCUGUCGCACCCUGUUAUGAACAUUUUAUGUCUUGUUUGAAAUCAGCACAAAAUGAAAUGCCUUUUAAACAAUGGACCAUUAGUGAAAUGAACAUAGAUUUCCCACAGUAUUUCAAUUACGAGAGAACAAAACAAUUAAUUAUGUUUAAAAUUACCACAUAG